AUGACUAACUACAUUUCCUCUGCUUCACUGGUGGUGACCACCGCCCUCGUUUUGCUUUCCUUCUACUCCACCUCUUUGCUUCUCUGCAAUGCUGCUGCUUACCCACCACACUACCGCCACCCUCGCUUCGCCUCUCACAACUACAGAGAUGCUCUCUCCAAAUCUAUUAUCUUCUUUGAGGGGCAGAGGUCAGGAAAGCUUCCUUCUAACCAGAGAAUCACUUGGAGGAAGGAUUCUGGUUUAUCAAAUGGCUCUGCAAUGCAUGUUGAUUUGGUGGGAGGCUAUCAUGAUGCAGGGAACAAUGUUAAGUUUGGGCUUCCAAUGGCGUUCACCACCACCAUGCUCUCCUGGAGUGUCAUUGAGUUUGGCGGCCUCAUGAAAGGCGAGCUUCAGAAUGCUAAAGACACCAUUCGCUGGGCUACUGAUUACCUUCUCAAAGCCUCUGCCCACCCAGACACAAUCUAUGUAGGAGAUGCAAGCAGGGACCAUGCUUGUUGGGAGAGGCCUGAGGAUAUGGACACCCCCAGAAGUGUGUUCAAGGUGGACAAAAAUACUCCAGGAAAUGAGGUGGCAGCAGAAACAGCUGCGGCUAUAGCAGCUGUUUCUGCUUCUUAG